CUAAGAGACCGUACAACUCUCACUCUCUCAUGGCGGCGCUAUACCAAUCUCCUGACACGUCUCUUCCUUCUUCUUUUUUAACUCCCCCCGAGCUCCCUCACACCUGAACCACGACUCCAAUAGCAGCCAUGACGACGUCGUGCCGGACCAUUAACGCAAAUGCAAUCGCCGCACCGUCUCCUUCGGGUAUGAUUAUCUUUCGUAGUGGCUUUCGCGAUUUUGUCCCGAUUGAUAAGAGGCUUGUUAAAUCAAGCCCUCGUGGAUUGAAAUUACCGUCGAGGACUUGGAGUUUAAGGUCUCCGGGGAGAUUGUUCUCUUCGCGCGUCGCGUCUGCUUCUGCUGCGGCGGCUGUAACAUCGAGUUCUACGAAUCGUUUUGAAGCUUUAGAAGAAGGGAUUGAGAAGGUAAUUUAUAGUUGUCGAUUCAUGACGUUUCUUGGAACAUUAGGAUCGUUGCUGGGAUCGGUUCUCUGUUUCAUCAAGGGAUGUAUGUAUGUUGCAGACUCGUUUUUGCAGUAUUCCGUGAAUCGUGGGAAGGUGAUAUUACUUUUGGUUGAGGCCAUAGAUAUAUAUCUCCUAGGAACUGUGAUGUUGGUAUUUGGACUGGGACUUUACGAGCUGUUCAUUAGUAAUCUCGACACUUCAGAAUCGAUUUCACACGAUAAUGCUUCCAAUAGAUCGAGUCUCUUUGGCAUGUUCACCUUAAAGGCGCGACCUCAAUGGUUAGAAGUGAAAUCGGUUAGUGAACUGAAAACGAAGUUGGGACAUGUAAUAGUGAUGCUACUGUUGAUUGGUUUGUUUGACAAGAGCAGGAAAGUAGCCAUAACUUCAGUCACGGAUUUGUUAUGUAUCUCUGUCUCUAUCUUUUUUUCUUCUGCUUGUCUCUUCUUGCUCUCUAGGCUCCAUGGGUCACAUUGAGUUAAUGGUGUUGUCCCUUAACAAUAGAAACUUUGUAUAUGAUGUUUUAGCAAAGUUUCACUUUCUCUUUUUUUAUAUACACUAAUUUUUGGUUUAUAAAAAAGAAGAGAGCAAAGACCUACUUGUACGUCGUCCGUACUUGUAUCCCUUACUUGAA